AUGACCGACCCACUGCACCGUCGCUUUCGCGGCAGCGCAAAGAUAUCCGACUACGACAUCCUCAAUCAGAAGCUCGGCGAGGGAACGUUCGGUGUGGUGUCAAAGGCACGAUCAAAGCGGACGGGAGCGAUGGUGGCACUUAAGAAGAUCCUCAUGCACAACGAGAAGGACGGCUUCCCGAUCACAGCGUUACGUGAGGUCAAGCUGCUCAAAAUGCUCAGUCACCCAAACAUAUUGCACUUGGAGGAAAUGGCUGUGGAGAGGCAGCAGGUCGACGAGAAGGGCAAGGCUGGAAAGAAGCGUGCGACGCUGUACAUGGUCAUGCCGUAUAUGGAUCACGACCUGAGUGGUAUGCUCACGAACCCGGACAUCGUCUUCAAGACUGCUCAGAUCAAGUGCUACAUGCAGCAACUACUGGAAGGACUUCGAUAUCUGCACGACUCGCAUAUCCUCCAUCGCGAUAUGAAGGCUGCCAACAUUUUGAUCUCGAACAAAGGUGUACUGCAAAUAGCUGAUUUCGGUCUGGCUCGUAACUACGAAGGUACACCACCCCAACCCGGUCGUGGGAAUGGUGAAGCCGUGAGAGAUUAUACGAGUCUUGUUGUCACACGAUGGUACAGGCCUCCGGAGCUGCUCCUCACACUGAAGAAAUAUACGCCUGCGAUCGAUUUGUGGGGUGUAGGCUGCAUCUUCGCCGAGAUGUUUGAGCAUCGACCCAUCUUAGAAGGCAGAACGGAUGUCGAUCAAUGUCACAAGAUCUUUGCGCUGGUCGGAUCACCUACCGAUGACUCUAUGCCAGGGUGGAGUGAGCUCCCGGGUUGCGAAGGACACAAGACGUUCGAAGCCAGCCGAGGCAACAUUACCGACCGGUUUGGCCAUGCUAUUGGACAGGAGGGUCUGGAUUUGUUGAAGAAGCUUUUACGUCUCGACUGGCGAACACGGAUCAAUGCUAUAGAUGCCUUGCAGCACGAAUACUUCAAGACACAGCCUUACCCGUCCAGGCCAGAGGAUAUACCGCGUUACGAAGACAGCCACGAGUUAGAUGCCCGACGGAGAGGCCACGAGAAGCAGCGCAAUUUGCCACCCGCGCCAGCAGGAGGCACAGUCGGCAUGGGUCCAGAUGAGUGGAACGGUUCUGGUCCCCCUCCAUAUAGGAACGGCCAUGGCUAUGGAGAACGUGCGCCACGAGACUACCGAGACAGAGGCCCUGCACCCCCACCACGUGGCUACGAUGACCGCCGUGGACGCCCACCACCAGCAGAUGCACCGCCUGCACGACAACCAGAGUGGCGACGAGACCGCGACCGCGACCGCAUGGCUGCACCGACGAAUGGCCACGCCCUCCCACCUCGACCUACCGACCUGCCUCCGCGGCCCAAUAUGCCACCGGCCCGUGACGUUCCCCCACCGCGAGCAGGCGCCCGAGCACCAGAUACGGACGUCUACAUCCCGGACUACUCUUCCGCAGACCGCAAGGCACGACCGCCUCCACCGCCGCGGGAUGGCUACGAUCGCGCUCGGCGUGGCAGUAGGGAAAAUGCUUAUCGUGAUGCUGAUGCUCCUCCGCCGCCGCCGCGGGCGUAUCGAGAUGUGGAUGGCCCGCCGAGGUAUCGGGAUGAUAGGGAUAGGGAUAGGGAGCGUGACCGUGAGAGGGAUCGUGGUGGGUAUGAGAGGCGGACGAGGAGCAGGUCUCCGGAUCGUGGGAGAGGGGGGAGGGAAGAGGAUACGAGGAGAGAGAGGGGGGUGGAUCGGGAUAGAGGUCCUUACCGACGAUGA